UACGCCCGGGUUCAACUCUCCGCGGAUACCACAUGCACCUCGCGAGCCUAUACAGACACCUUCUGCAACUACACUUCCCUCCAGAUUGCCAGCAGAGACGCACCAUGCGAUACGCGUGAUUAAACCACGAUCUGUGGUCUCUAACGACCAGACUCCCGACGCGUCAAAGGUAUUGCACCCUACACUAUGCCAGCCCACGUCUCCGAACCGUAGGAACUUACCGUCGCUAACAACAUCCAGCCCAUGCUAGGCCUUUAUGCCGAAGACCAAGUCACGACCGAAACCACCACCUUCGAAAACGGAAUCGAUUCCAGCAAAUGGGUCGUCGAUACUAGAGGAUAUGGCGGCUCCGUCGAUAACCCGUACAUGCGGCAGAUGGAUCCGAAAAAUGUCGAAGUUGCAGACGGCUUAUUAAAACUCAAAGUCCCUGGCGGCCAAACCUACGACCCUAAAGGCACCGUGGGUCUGAGUUCCGCCCAGAUAAAGAGCGUCAAGAUAUUCUCUGUGGGCUCGCUUGAAAUGACGGUCAAGAUGACUUCAGAGAAGGGCACGUGCCAAUGCGGAUUCCUCUACGGUGCCGAUAACAACGAAGUCGACUUGGAGUACUUGACCCGCACCAACGUCAGCUGGGGAGUAGUCCAGGGAAUGUCAAAGGACCAACCCAUUCAGCAGGUCAAUUUGAACGUCACUACCGACCAGACAGACGACUUCCACACGUACAAACUGGUCCGGACGGAGUCCAAGGCGUAUUUCUUGAUUGAUGGCCAGCUCGUGAAUACGUUUGAUAAGAACAUCCCCACGGAGCCUGUGCAGGCGAUGCUUGCGCAUUGGACUGAUGCCAAUCCCGGCUGGACUGGAGGCCCGCCCGCGAAAGACGCAGUCAUGUCUAUCAAAAAGGUUGUUGUCGAGUACGUCGGCGAGACCUCAAUCUUCUCGACAUCGACUGGCGUGCCGAGUGCAACUCAGUCUCCAGGGUCUUCGCCUUCUGCUUCUGGAAAGAGCGCUGCCUCCCGGGGAUUUACGUUAAAUGCAGGUUCAUUGCUGGCAGUAGCAGCUUUGUGUUCUUACUUCGUUUUGUAAUCAACAAAGGAUGCCUCAUCGCCGCCUUCGCCGCCCAUAGCGAGAAGCUACCACCCGGGGAGCCUAGGUCAUACACUCGACUACCUCUCCACGCGAUCACUGCGACGCAUCGACAUCUUCGUGACGAAGACAACUUCGUGCGAUGUACGCACUAUCGUGCAACCAGCCAUGAGUAAUUAAUACCUAAUCAUUAAUUACUAACUCCUAGUCCCGUUCCUGCCCCCGAGCUCGUCCCUUUGCGACGAUAUUGCAGUAUCGGGACUUAUCAUGAUCUUCCCAUUCUUGUAUAUAUUACCUUGUACCCAGGUACAUCGCUCUACAUAGAGUUAGAAUGCACGACCUUCGGUCGCAU